AAGGUCUCUUGCCAAUUGCAGGCAAAAGAAUGCAUGAGGUAGAGGGAAGGAGAAAAUCACAUUGAAUUAAACCUGAAAUAAAAUCUUGUUCUUCUAUAUAUAACAAAAUAUUGUAAAGUACUUUGAGUUAAAGUUUGUGUGCAAGAAGCCACAAAUUGUAGCAAGUUGUAAAAUGGAUCAAGUGUCUAGAAAUAUAUUCUGAUGUGGAAUUUUUAUACUAUGGAAAUUGGCGUGAGUUUAGAAAUUUUAUAUUAGCUCAUAUAUUCCUUUUCUUAGACUGAAAUGAGAACUUAAUAUAGACUUAUCCUCUAAAGCCCAUCAUACCCCCCAAAACAAAAUACUGAACAUAAUUUAGUUGGGUUUAUAUUAAAUACAUUUAAAUAAUAAUAGGGCUUCAAAUAAAUAUUUUUUUAAUCAUCUGAUUUUCUUUUCACAGUUUCACUUUCUGGGAUUGGACUUUGAGCCAUUAGAACCAUGAGCAACUACAGUGUGUCCUUGGUUGGCCCAGCUCCUUGGGGUUUCCGGCUGCAAGGUGGCAAGGAUUUCAACAUGCCUCUGACAAUCUCUAGUCUAAAAGAUGGUGGCAAAGCAUCGCAGGCAAAUGUGAGAAUAGGUGACGUGCUUCUCAGCAUUGAUGGAAUAAGUGCCCAUGGAAUGACUCACCUGGAAGCCCAGAACAAGAUUAAGGGUUGCACAGGCUCUUUGAAUAUGACUCUGCAAAGAGCAUCUGCUACAUCCAGGCCUGAACCAGUUCCUGUUCAAAAGCCCACAGUCACCAGCGUGUGUUCCGAGACUGCUCAGGAGCUAGCAGAGGGACAGAGAAGAGGAUCCCAGGGUGACAGUAAACAGCAAAAUGGGAAAAUCCCACCUAAACGCCCACCGAGAAAACACAUUGUGGAGCGUAAUACAGAGUUUUAUCACAUACCUACUCACAGCGAUGCCAGCAAGAAGAGGCUGAUCGAGGAUACUGAAGACUGGCAUCCGAGGACUGGCACGACUCAGUCUCGCUCUUUCCGAAUCCUGGCCCAGAUCACUGGGACUGAACAUCUGAAAGAAUCUGAAACUGAUAAUACAAAGAAGGCAAAGUUUGACAGUUCUCUGGAAGAGCUACCUAAGAGCGGACCUCACCCACCUGCAACCCCUCAGGUUUUACAUUUACAUAAUGGUAGCCAAGUAGCCACACUUUCUAAAGUAACUGCGACGUUUGCUCUCCUCAGCUCCACAAGAAAUGUGGUGACAAGUUCUUUGGAAGGUUUUCGAAACUUUUCUGCCUUCUCUUCUGCUAGAUACAGUGCUGCAGCUCUGAGCAGCGCGGCUGCUUGUGUGUCUUCCGUUCUUGCUGCAAAAACCAGGCUUUCCAGUCCUGGAAAGUAUCAGCCCCUCCUGGAUGCACUUUGCAUCAGCCCCGUUUCCAAGCCUUUAGCUUUCUCAUGUCUCCACCCCUUGAGGAACUCGGCCGGCUCUAUCCAGGUUAAGAAAACAAGCAACACCCAGGAGCCUUCUCAGCACUUGGCUUCAUCAGUGGUUUCAGCGCAGAGUAAGGCGGAGAGGCCGGAGAGCCCGGCCUUUGCCAGACCCGGGGUGGCUGGGCUCACGACUGCUGCUGCCUUCAAGCCUGUAGGAUCCACCAGCAUUAUCAAGUCACCAAGCUGGCAGCGGCCAAACCAAGCAGCACCUGCCACUGGAAGAAUCUCAAAUAGUGCCACUUCCUCAGGAGCAGCGGCCCCAGCCAACUCAGCUGCGGGGCAGCCCCAGCCGAGCGACCAGGACACGUUAGUGCAAAGGGCUGAGCACAUCCCAGCAGGGAAACGGACUCCCAUGUGCGCCCACUGCAACCAGGUUAUCAGGGGACCAUUCCUAGUGGCACUGGGGAAAUCUUGGCACCCAGAAGAAUUUAACUGUGCUCAUUGCAAAAAUACGAUGGCCUACAUUGGAUUUGUAGAGGAGAAAGGAGCCCUAUAUUGUGAGCUGUGUUAUGAGAAAUUCUUUGCUCCUGAAUGUGGUCGAUGCCAAAGGAAGAUCCUUGGAGAAGUCAUCAAUGCUUUGAAACAAACUUGGCAUGUUUCCUGUUUUGUGUGUGUGGCCUGUGGAAAACCCAUUCGUAAUAACGUCUUUCACUUGGAGGAUGGUGAACCUUACUGUGAGACUGAUUACUACGCCCUGUUUGGUACUAUAUGCCGUGGAUGUGAGUUUCCCAUAGAAGCUGGCGACAUGUUCCUGGAAGCUCUGGGCUACACCUGGCACGAUACUUGCUUUGUGUGCUCAGUGUGUUGUGAGAGUUUGGAAGGUCAGACCUUUUUCUCCAAGAAGGACAAGCCACUUUGCAAGAAACAUGCUCAUUCGGUGAAUUUUUGAAAGUCAGCGGUUCAGGAGAAGAGAAAGAAAUUUGAAGAGAAAGAGGAAAAUUAAAUUUACCAAUUAAUUUUUAGAUUUAAUAUUUAUAUGGAUUUUUGAAAAAUAGUAGUAGCCUUGAAGGGAUAAGUUCCAGCUUUAAAAACCAAAUCUAUAAGGAAAUACUUGGCUUCAUAAUGUAAAGAGACAGUUUGACACUUGUCAUUACUUUUUCCGUGUAUUUUCUGCCCAUAAAGUAACUUUUAUAAAAAUCCAUUUCCUGGCUGACUAUUAAAUUCAUCUUAGAAUAAAUUAGUGAAGAAUUAAAUUUUAGAAUAAAACUACAACCUCUGUGCUGAAAUAAUUAUGCUUUCCUUAUUAGGUAGGUAGUUAUGAGUAGAUCUGUAAAAGGCCAUGAAAAUGCCUUAUACUUUAUCAAUAAGUGAAACAUUGUAUUUUUUUCUUAAAUAAUGUUUAUCUUUGAAACAGUGAAUAGGAGUUUAAACAGAGAGUUUUAUCAGUAGUCGGUGUCCCUUUUUAAAAACUAUGUGCAUUUUUAAUUUUACAAUUGAUCAUUCCAGUAGGAAAGGUCAGUGAGAUCUUGAUCAAAAUGCGCCAUGCCAGUAAGAUGCUCUAUUUUUCCAUCCCUCCCAAAAGCCACCAUACAGCUUAUAAAUCUCAAAUACGACCAUAACUUUGGACUGUGAGGGUUUUCUCUCUCUUCAAGAGAAUGAGUAGAAAAGAAUGUGGUUGGGAAUUAUGGUGUAAUCCCCUCCCCAAACUCCCCCUUUUUUGACAAUGAACUAGUUUCAGAGUUGUACUACUGACUGAUGAAGGUUUAAGAACUCUCUUUGCAGAAUAAUUUUUUUCUUUAAUUCUCCAUUAGAAAAAUAAAAGAUUGACUUGAGCAUGUGAUAAAAAUCUAGAUUUUUUUUUUCUUUUGAUAAUUCUCUUUCAAUAAUAAACGAACCACUUCCAGAUGUGAUCAUGAAGUUUGGAAAACUUUUAUGCACAGAGUUUUGGUAGUAGAGGAGGGGAACAUGAUUAAUUACUCAGACUGGCCUAUUUGUUUUCUUCUUUUUGGGGAGGGAAAACAUAGAUCCACAUGAAGACAGAGAAACAACUGUGGUAAAAUUGUAGAUCCUAUUGACAUUUGCCCAGUAAGAAAAGAAUUUACAGCAGUUGAUAGUUUUUAUUUUUAUUUCCAGAAUGGAUGAAGGCUCAUGAUCCCACUGAGUUAUAAUUUAAAUAUGUUUGGAGCAAGGUGCUUUUAAAUCUGAGAUUGAGCCCCAAGUCCUUCCUCCCCAUCACUCAGUAAUGACUUCCCUUCCAUUGUGUACAUGUUUGUUGUAGAGGGGACUUUCAGGCUACAAUAUUUGUUUAACCUCUCCAAGAACUUUUCAUGGCCUCUGUCCUGGAAGAUGUUAAUUUAUAGUCUAGCAGAUUUAAAUUAUAUGCAGAUAAUAAUUAACUGGGGAUAAAAGAAUGAGAAGGGUGACAUGAAGUGGCAAAUGGAAUGCUUCAAGUAGCAACCCCAGACCACCUCCUCACCCUGCAUCUUGUAGGGAGGCAGGAAGUUUAUGUUGUUUUUUAAAGUGCUGGAACUGAAUUGUGUAUUAUUAUUGCUGCUGAAACCACCUAUAGAAGACAUACUAGCUAAUAUGCAUUGUCAUACCUUAGUGUCAGUCUCUCGCUUUACGCAGUAUAAAAUUAGUGGUGGUUUUGUUUCGGUGUGGUAGGAGUUUCUUUUUGUUAUUUAGUUCUGCCUUUAUAGACUAUAUGCCAAGAUACUAUUUGAUCAGUCAAUGACAUUUGGGUAUUUCCUUCAAAUAAUUUUAUUUCACCUGGAUUUCCUAUAAAAUUAUCUUACAUUAAUAUAUCAUCUUUUAUUAGACUUCUCUUUCUGCAUAUUAAUCAUAGAGCAUAAUGUUGCAUUUCUCUACAUUUUAUCCCUAAGAGGGUGACAUUACUUCCUAAUUUAUCAUCGUUUCUUCUGUGGCAAAGCUUUCUGUCGAUUCCUAAAACAGUUAAUCCUAUGAAAUAAAUAUUGAUUAUAACCCAGAAGAAUCUAUUUUCCAGUGGGGAAGGCCAUAUUUAACACCCCAGUGUUAAUCUCUUAAUAACUCAGGCAGAGCACUUUAUUAUUCUGACGCGCUCCCUGAAUAUUUAUUUUUCUGAUUAUAAAUGUUCCAUGUAAGUAGCAUUUUUUAAAUUAUUACCUCUUUACUGUAGAGCAUUUACUUUUAAUCUCUCUAGAUGUAUAUUUCGGAUCGCUGUACUUAGCACAACGUCCCCUAUUUGGAGGUCCCACUUGGAGAAUGUUAGUGAUAGGUUCAGAUUUGUAACGUUUCUCUAGACUUACAAGGACAGAAUGUUGCCCCCCGAAGGAGCAGCCCAAAAGCAGUCCCCUGUGCUUAUGCUUAUAGUAGCUUACAUAUUUCCUAUUGAUUCAGUUACAUUUAGAGUCUAAAACUAAGACCUAAGCAUCUGAUCAGUAUUAAGACAGAAAGAAGGGUUUAAAUCUUCAAAUUAUUAGUGCAGCAUUAUGUAAAAAUUAUCUACAACAAAAAUGUACUCAUGAUACCAUUUUCAAGGGGUACUAUGUUAGGAUCACUUUUAUAGAAAGUCAUGUCUUCCUUUCCCUGUUCAGGUGUGAAUCUGGUAGUGGUAUGUUAACGUUUUGUGAUGUUUGCAGUUCAGUCGUCUCUAUGGAAAGGAGAGGCUCUUCACACAGGGAAGGGGAAACAUACUGAGUAAUUUCACACAAAUCUAACGUGGCUUCUGUUUGUCACUCUUCAUCCCCCAAAUGUUUGAAGAUACUGGGUUUGGAUUCUCAAUGUAUCAUUUGCCUUAUCUAUUAAUCUUUAUUUUCUGUUUCUUUACAUUUUUAAGUUUGUAUAUACAUCUGUGCUGUUUUGCUUCUGGAUAUAUUUUCUAAUUAAAAACCACAUGAGAAAUAUAAUCAGUAUAGUAAUACCUUAUUGAGCACAUAAUAAAUAAACAGCUGCAGUGAUGUA